GAGCCGGCCCUGAAUAAUUCAUUGAUAAAAUUCUACAAAUGACUAAUCCAAUAACUUUGGAUUUCGAAGGUGUUUUAGGUGCCUCAGGAAUUCAAUCACACCAACAAUGAUGGACGAUUUUGACGAGAGUGUCGACCGACACCAGCUGGGUGUCGAUCGACACCACAUGGGCAACAGGCCAAUGACGUUUGCUGAUUACAACAUACCUGAUCCCUUCUACUCCAAUCGAUCAGCGAUCAGACCACCUCCACCUGAAAGCGCUGAUUUUUUGUUCAAACCAUGGUAUUAUGAUCUCGUUUCUAAUAACCAGUUCGACGGUUUAGAAGGUCAAUUGCCUUUUGAUCACAUCGAGAAAUUCGAAGACAUAGUUUCCAGCAUCAAAGCAGAAGGCGUUCAACCUGACUACUUGCUCUGCAAACUCUUUCCAUACUCUCUUGGAGAAAGAGGAAAUAGCUGGCUUAGACAGUUGAGACCAGGAUCUCUAACUACUUGGCAGGAAGUUAAGGACACGUUCUUAAUCCACUUUUAUGAUGAAUCAAUGUCCGAGGAAGUGAGAUUGCAGAUUUCUUCCUUUUCUCAAGGUCCUACAGAGUCUUUCAAGACAGCUUGGGCAUUGAUUAUCGUUACCAAGUCAUACUCGAUGGAGCAAGCAAUGGAAAUUUCACCACAAGGACACCCAGCGAAGCAACAAGUCUUAUUGAGAAUUCUGCUUCCAGCUAUGGCAUCAGAGGCAUUGAUAACAAGAGAAGACAGCUCGCCGCUUCAAGCUGCCCCCGCUAUUCAAGAAGGUCCUGUGUCUGAGGAGACAGUUGGUUCUGAGUCGGAUGAAGAGACUGUUGAAAUAAUUCAUCGCCAGGUGGUCCCCUUGAAGCCUGGUAACGCCAAAGAUCUUGAUAUUAAGUGCCAGACUCAUGUCGAUCCUAUCAUCCUUCCCAAAGCCGUACUUGAUGCUGCCCAAGAUAUUUCGUGGUCAGAUGACGAAGUAGAUCCGCGGGUAGAUACGGUUGUAAAUUUGGCGAACCAAAGAUUCAAGUUCAAUAAUGAUAUGUUUCCUGGUAGUUGCACCCCCUCUGAAGUGGUGGUAGCUCCCAAAAAACAAAAAAGAUCUGCAAUAUGGAAAGGUGGUCGUGUCCGGAAAUCCUCAAAGCAGGGCAGAAUCCCAAAAAACCCAACUGGGCUUCGAAAGACCCAUCAAUCCCCCCCUAAUGAGGAGGACGCUGCUGUUUCGUUUGACAUGAACGCUCUCUCCCGUAUGUUAGAUGCUAAAUUUGUUGCCCAGUACAAGAAGAUCAUAAAAGGUGUUGCUGAUUGGUUCCUUUCAAAUACUUUGAUAUAUGUUGAGAAUGGGAAAGAAGUCCCUGCUGAGAAUGGGAAAGAAGGUCAUUGCCCGGAACAUGGAUUGAGUCUCAAUAGUUCUGUUUAUGGAAUUGCUGCAUUUUAUAAUGGGAUUUUCCCCGGUGAUUCCAGUGGUUCAAGGGCAGCAGAUGUUCAAGCGAAUCAUGUUGAUGAGGAAUCGUCCAAGGAAGGUAGCCAAGAGUUUGCAAACGAUGGUAUCUAUGGUAACUGGAAUUCCUCUAAUCAACCACUUGAAACGUCACCAAGCCAUGUCGGGGUAAACAAUAUUGAUGUUAACGUAGAGGACAAUGGGACCCCAGACAAUGCUAAUCUUGAGUGCUCUCAGACCCUCAUCAAUGCUAAUUCUGAGGUUGGUGUGACACUCAACCCUGCCGAAGUUAGCAAAGAUGGUUCUAUCCCCGAGGGUGGUGAUGAGAUCAGAGAUGGAAAGGAUAACCUGCCGGGUGGUGAUGAGAUCAGAGAUGCAGAUGAUAACCUGCCGGAAACCCAGCAGGAGGUUGAAAGUGAGUUUGCCAGUGCGGUUUCUUCAGAGGAUUUGGAAAGUCAAGAGGUUGUACAUAAGGAAAAUAAACCUAUUCAGGAUUCGCCAAGUAAAGGUGUUUCGCAGAUGGCAAUUGACCCUCCUCAGGAUUCACCCUCUCCGGUGGUUGCCCCAAUUUCUAUAACUAAAUCAACCAAAGUUUUGGUUCCAGAAAAGGCUGAUGUUCCAUCCCAGAGUAGUGUUGUUGGUAAUCCUGGAAGAAGAAGGAGUAAAAGGCUUAAGACCAUAUCUAGCAAGUUAGACGGUCGCUAUCAGUUUGACAAGAAAACGAAGUUAUUGGUUGGACACCCUUCUCCCAUCGCCAAUCUUAGUAGUGGAUCUUUAGAUCCUGAAGACUGUUUUAACUAUUCCAUGAAUAAACUUAAAGCACUUAUCUCUACUUCUCUAGUCGGGGAUGUCACUAUUGCCAUCAAGGAUGUCCUCGAGUUAAUUGAGAGAAAAAAACCAAUGGCGAACAAGGUCAUGGACGCGCUUUUAAAGUUCAGCAGGCACAUUCUCAGGACAGACGAUGUAGAUGGCGAAAAACUUCGUGUUGAUUUUCCCAUAGCUUUGAUUGAUGUUGUUUCUGGCGUUGGGCAGUUGGACCGUGCUGAGCUAUUCAUUGAAAUGACCGUUCUCGCUUGUAAUGUGCAUUUGCGCACUGAUGCCAGCCUGAAGACGGAUCUCGAGCCAGUGUCCAGAAUGCUUCCUAUUCUGAUGAGGACAUCAAGUCAUCAUCAAGAAAGGAGAAUGGAGAAGACACCGACCAACCGACCAAGAACCCCGGAGAGAACAAACAUGAGCAUACCAAAGACAUAUGUACAAACCAUGGACUAUGGUGAUGAAGGUUCAGAAGAGGAGUUCAAUAUCUCCGAGAUUGAUUGGGGUGAGGACUCAAGCCACUAUUCGUGGGAAGGAGGAGAUGACUAUGAGACUGAACCAUGGUGUGAGGAAACUGAUUCUGAAAUCAGUUUAGAAGAAAAAGAGGAUGAGCAAGAAGAAGUAACAUCCGGUAAUGAAGCAGACCAUUACAUGGAGUCUUACCAAGACGACAACUCAUGGAGACACAAGGAUGAUUCUCCAAUAAAUCCAGAAGAAAGGAUCCACGAAUAUGAAGCCGAACAAGAAGAAUUUAAUGAUGAAGAAUCACUCGUGGAGCCAUAUGAAAGAGACAAGCCAUGGUGUGACGAAACUGGUUCACAAAUCAGUUUAGGAGAAGCCAAGCAAUAUGGUGAAGAAACUUGGCACCAUGAGGCUGAGGAGAGUGAAGAUGAAGCAGAAGAAGAUGAUUCAUGGAAACAUUCAACGGAUAAUGAAGGAGACAUCACCGAAGAGGAGGAAGCCGUAAGUGAGGCUGGAAGAGAUGAUGAUUAUGAACCAUGAAAUAUAUCUCUUAUUCAGGU